AUGGAUGGAAUUCAAUUACGAGAUGAGGCCGCACAGGAUCGAGUGCGAGCCGCAAUCGAAUUUCUCGAUCCUAGCGAUGAACGGGCGCGGAGCUAUCGAGUCGAUAUUGUGGUGAUGCUGAAUCGGGGCCUGCGACGUCUGACGGUCAGCCUCGAUGAGAUCAGAGCACACAACCGCGAGCUCUCCGACGGGCUUUGCAUGUCUCCGUUUGACUACACACAAGCUUUUGACCAUGCUCUCAAGGAGGUCGUCAAACGAUUGCCGAACCGCCCCGAAAAAGAGAAAUUAGAUGAAGUGAACUACUAUUGCGCCUAUGUCGGAGCCUUUGGAGAUUUCUCCUGCAACCCACGCACCCUCAGCUCCUCACACCUCAACCGCAUGAUUUCGCUAGAAGGCAUUGUCACAAAAUGCUCUCUGGUCCGACCAAAGGUGAUCCAAAGUGUUCAUUACAGUGAGAAGAAGGAUCGCUUUUUCUCAAGGAAGUACCGUGAUCAAACCAUGACAGCCACCGGAGCGACAAGCUUGAAUGUUUACCCGCAGGAGGAUGAAGACAAGAAUCCGCUUAUUACCGAGUACGGCUACUCCACAUACAUGGACCACCAGUCUAUCUCAAUUCAGGAAAUGCCUGAACGAGCUCCCGCGGGACAACUGCCUCGCAGCGUUGAUGUGAUCCUCGACGACGAUCUCGUUGAUAAAGCGAAGCCCGGCGACAGAAUUCAACUCGUCGGAAUCUAUCGCACUCUCGGAAAUCGAAACGCAAGCUCUGGGUCAUCCACCUUCCGCACCAUCGUCAUGGCCAACAACAUCAUUCAACUCUCCUCCAAGGGCGGCUCCGGGAUCGCUCAAGCCACUAUCACCGACACUGAUAUUCGCAACAUCAACAAGAUCGCCAAGAAGAAGAACGUCUUCGAACUCCUGUCCCAGUCCCUUGCGCCGAGUAUUCAUGGACAUGACUACAUCAAGAAGGCCAUCCUACUGAUGCUGCUUGGUGGUAUGGAGAAGAACCUUGAGAAUGGCACUCAUCUUCGUGGUGACAUCAAUAUCUUGAUGGUUGGUGAUCCAUCCACGGCCAAAUCUCAACUUUUGCGAUUUGUCCUGAACACAGCCCCCUUGGCUAUCGCUACAACGGGUCGUGGCUCUUCCGGUGUCGGUUUGACGGCCGCUGUGACUUCCGACAAAGAGACUGGCGAGCGUCGGCUGGAGGCUGGUGCCAUGGUCCUCGCUGACCGUGGUGUGGUCUGCAUUGAUGAGUUUGACAAGAUGAGUGACAUCGAUCGGGUUGCGAUUCACGAAGUCAUGGAGCAACAGACCGUCACCAUUGCCAAGGCUGGAAUUCACACCAGCCUGAAUGCGCGCUGCAGUGUCCUGGCUGCUGCGAAUCCCAUCUACGGUCAAUACGAUCCUCACAAGGAUCCUCAUAAGAACAUCGCACUUCCCGACUCUCUCCUUUCUCGGUUUGAUUUACUCUUUGUUGUCACCGACGAUAUUGAAGAUGCGCGAGACCGGAUUGUUUCUGAGCAUGUCCUGCGCAUGCACCGCUACCGUCAGCCCGGUACGGAGGAGGGCGCCCCCGUGCGCGAACAGCUGAAUCAGACCUUGGGCGUUGGUAUCGAAGAUCGGGUCGAUGCCAACCAACCUACCGAGGUCUUUGAGAAGUUCAAUGUCAUGUUGCACGGUGGUAUGGUCAACUCUGGCCGUGGUCGCAACAAGAACGUGGAAAUCAUCAGCAUUCCUUUCAUCAAAAAGUAUAUCCAAUACGCCAAAACUCGUAUCAAGCCUGUCCUGACCAAGGGUGCGGCCGACCACAUUAUUGCCGCAUAUUCCGCCCUUCGAAAUGACGACCUUGCCAGCACGCAGCGCCGUACCUCUCCCAUCACUCCCCGUACCCUCGAGACGCUUAUUCGUCUCUCUACUGCGCACGCCAAGGCCCGCUUGUCCAACCGUGUGGAAGAAAAAGAUGCCAAGCACGCUGAAGCUAUCCUCCGGUUUGCCAUGUUCAAGGAGAUUGUCGAAGAUACCCGCCGCAAGCGUAGAAAGGUCACCUCAUUCGAAGAGUCAGACGAGGACAGUGACGAGGAUAAUGAUGACGGUGACGACAACACGCCUGUCAACGAUAUAUCUAGUGCGACUCCCGGACGAAGAGUUGCGACAAGGUCGCGUGCUGUCGCCAGCACCGCUGCUUCUGAUGACGACCCAGACAGUCUCUACACCUCCAGCCCCCGCGCCCAGCGGAUGCGCUCUAGCCAGACGACCCGCACACAAACGCAUACCGAGUCUCAAAUGUCGGUGGCCUCGUCACAACCUGCCUCCCAGCUGGUACAGUCUCAGACGGAUGAUUCGCAGUCUACAUCGGCGUCCUCCCAGCCGAUUUCCCCCGCCCGCAUGGCGUUGUUCCGGCAAAUCCUGGGACCUCUUAUGCGGAAGCUCUUUGACGACAGCGAGAUGAUGAAUGUCGACGAACUGAUUGAUGCGAUUAAUGAAGGCGUGCGUGCCUCGCCGCAGCAUGGAGCUGGCCACGUCUUUUCCCGACCGGAGGCCAUUCAAGCUUUGAAGCACUUGAAUGAUGAGAAUAAGAUUAUGUUCCUUGAGGGUGACGACAACGUAUACCGCAUUUAA